GAGACCUAUCGGAAGAGUACCAGACUGAACAAUCUUGUUUUGAUGGCUACAUAAAAUGUGAUCUAACACAGAAGAGGAGGACUCUGAGAUUCUGGUAGCGAUUUUGUUGGUUUUACAGUUCUACUUUGAGAGGUAAGCCAAACACAAAACAUAAACCAUAUGUCUGUUGCCUUUUACCCAUACAUACAUGCUCUGGAUUGAUAUGACCACAAAAGCCAUGCCAGUAGAGCAUAAAAGGGCCUCUUGUUCAUUCAUAAGAGCCAUGGCAGAGACUCAAGAUAUUAAUGCAGACAUUCCAUUUAUGGAUGAGGAUAGAUAUGAUGGUUAUGUGCUUGUAAAACGCCCUGAAGCAUCGGCCGAGCCAUUGAAUAAGGCAGGCUUCAAAAUCAAUUCAGAGAUAAAAGAAAAAUGCUUUGAAAGCGCAACAACGGAAGUGGACAAAAACAAAAACAGAGAAUGGAAUCAAAAUACAGCUGGUUGUAUGCAGAAUGACAAUAGUCCGCAAACAGCUUCAGGUGGUUUUGAAGAGGAAAUAAAGAAUAAGAGUAAGGAUAAAAAAAUAUCUGAUGAUAAAAGAAAGGAAUCUGAUGAAGAUUGUGAUAAGGAAGUUGGUCCAUGUGAUGUUAAGGUUAUGAUUCAAAGUACUUAUGGUGAUAAAGGUCAGGACACUGUAAAUAAAAAUCACAAAGAUCAUAAAAAUCACAAAGAUCAUAAAGAUGGAAAUACAAGUGAAAAGAUGGAAACUGAAAUGAAUCAAUCUGUGGAGAAAAUAUCCCAACAUACAGAAGUGCAAGCAUAUUCAAGUGAAAAGAAAUAUGAUUCUGAUAGUUAUGACCAGAAUAAACAGGAGCAAAAUGAAGACCAAGCUAAGCAUAAGAAAUCAAGUUUAAAAAGAAAAUCAGCGACUGGAGAUGAUUCUCCUGUCCAAGAAAGCAAAGAACCUGCAGCAGAUUAUGACUUUGCUAAUGGAGAGAACACACAAUCAACAGAAAUAGCUUGUAGUAGUGGUCACAAAGUCAAUGCUGAAGAAAAAAAUGUGGCAUAUUCAAGUGAAGCAAAUAAACCAAUUAAGCAUCAGCAAAACCCUUCAGCAAAAGAUCAUGAUAAAUCAGAGAAGGAAGAGAUUAAUCCUGUUGAAAGUGAGCAAGAUGGGAGGUUAGGGAGAACAUAUAUUGACAAAGGUUGCAAUGUUGACACAGGUAAACAUGAGAAAGAAUGCAAAGAAAGCAGUAAGCAAGAAGCACGGAACAAACUACAAAUGCUUGAACAGAAAAAUAAUGCUGCAGAAGGUUCCGAUGGUGAUGUUAAAAACAAACAAGAUGCAGUAAGUUUGAAAACUACUGGAAUGCAUAAGAAAUGUUUUUCUAGUUCAAAACAAGAAAAGGAAAGCAAAGCCAAAAAGUAUACUUAUCAUUCAGAUGAACCUUCAAAGAGUGGAAAUUGGAACAGAGAAAAGGUGCAUGAGCAAGAUGAACCAGACGUUUAUCCUUAUUACAAAGCCAUGGAGAAAGCCAUGGAGAAAUAUGUGUACUUUUGGAAAAGGCGGGAUAUCUAUAGUCAGUGGCACAAGUCGAAAUUUUACGUCAAUGGUCAAAAAUUCACAUGUGCUGAGCAGUACAUGAUGUAUAAAAAAGCAGAAUUAUUUGAAGAUUUCAAAUUAAGAAGUCGGAUAUUAAAGACGGAUGAUCCUCGUAAAAUGAAAGCAUUGGGAAGAAAAGUAUCAAACUUUGAUGAGAGGCUUUGGCGAUCCCAGUGCCUUUAUGUGGUUAAAGAAGGAAAUAAGGAAAAGUUUUCUCAAAACAAGGAAAUGGAAAAAGAGCUAUUUGACACUCAUCCGAAGAUUCUUGUUGAGGCGAGUCCAUAUGACCAAAUCUGGGGUAUCGGGCUGGAUGUAGAAUCCCCAGGGGCGUAUGAUGAAAGCAAGUGGGAGGGGCUGAAUCUGCUCGGGUUCAUUUUAACUGAAGUCAGAGAUGAACUCAUGUUCAAAGCUGGGAGGAUUGAAGAAAAUCAGAAAAAGGUUUACCUAGAAGCGCUUAAGACAAAAUACUGUGAACCACUGGAGCAAAACCUUGAGUAUUUCAGCAUUGUAGGAGAUGACAAGACAGAAGAAAGAGAAGAGGCUUCAAGAAGUAAACCUGAAAGUGAUGUCAUACACAAAAUGAACAAUGACAACAAUGGAGAAACUAAGAUAUCUGAAGCUGAACCAACAAAGAAAGAGAUUGGGACAUGGGAAAAUAAGCCUGGAAGUGAUUGCAAACAUAACAAGAACAAAAACAUCAAGAAUGAUGCAUCUCAGAAAUUUAAAGCUGAACCUACAGACAAUAUCUCCAAAAGAUAUUUGGAACCCGAAAAUGAUGAUGAAAAACGUCAUAACUAUUUUGAUGGCAAUACAAAACCUCCAACUAGAGUAUUCCCUGGAAUUGCUGUUAGACAAGAAACACCUGAAAAUUGGAAUGAAGCAAAAGAAGUAAGAGAAAUGUCAGAUGUGCAAGGAAGGCAACAACAAAAUAAACAAAGUAGCCAGAUGACUACCAAGACCAUAGGCCGUAGAACCUUCAAUAAUAGAAACGCGGAAAAUCCUGAAAGUUUAGAGAAAGGACAGUUGAGUAAAAGUUUCCCUGGGGUGAAAUCUGGAGGGAAAGUCUGUCUUGAUCCUAAAGAGUUUCCACCUCUUACACAUGAUGUCAACAAGACCGAAUUCCAAAGGAAAAUUAGAAAAAAGAAAAAGAAUGACGAUGAAGUUAAAGAAAACAGGGAGGAGAAGGAAUCAAAGAUAAGUAAGCAUGUUGUUGACAUAAAUGAGAGGUCUGAAGAAGUAACACAUGUUGAUCAUACUGGCAAAGAGGUUUUUGAUCAAUUUGACGAUGAAAUGGAUGGUAUGGAAUCAUUUGUCCAUGUAAAGGGUACAGAAGAAAUGCAACAAUUUGAAAAGCAAGACGAAAAUGCUAAACCAGCUGAAAAGUGUGACAUUAAAAAAAGGGAAGGUUUUAAUACAGAUAGUAAGAAAAUGGUUAAAGAAGAGAAAGAAAAAUCACAUGAUAUAGAUGCUGAAGGUUCAUGUUGUGAUGAACAAACUGAAAUGGCUAGUGCAUCUGGAGAUGAGCAAUCCAAGACUCUGCUGGCUGUUUUUCAAUUUCAAGGAACCAGUCUUGUGCAUUCACCAGCAGACCCUACAAAGGAAUCCGUUUCUGAAGAACACCGUGCAGUCAGUGAGAGCUUGUUACCAGAGGAAGUGAAAGGACUGCACAAUUGCAGAACAUUGAUUGAAGAGAGGAAAAGCAAAGACUCUGUGGAAGUCAAAACAAACAGUCCUGGAAAAUUUACGAAGAAGAGCCAUUCAGCUGGUCAUCCUCCAUCACCAACAAAACUAAAACCAAACUACAAGGGACAGUCGUAUCAUAAAAAAAGUGAUAAAGAGUCUGACAUCUUUUAGUUUCUAUGUAGAUUAUAUUUGACUACAGUACAUGUACUAUAUAAGUUGGUCAUCCAACCUAUGCAGUUUUGUGAUUUUCGUACCUAAAAAGCCUAAGACAAGUGAUUGAUACAUUUAUUUGGACAUGCUGUCAGAUAAAGAAUGCAAUUAUGUUAUUUGGCUUUUUUAGCUUGACUAUUCGAAGAAUAGGUGGGCUAUACUACUCGCCCCAGCGUCGGCGUUGGCGUCCGGUUAAAGUUUUAGGGCAAGUUGGGAUUUACACUUUAUAAGUCCAAUACCCUUCAUUCAAUUGACUUAAUACUUCACACAGUUGUUCAGGGCCAUCACAUGAUGAGGUUAGAUAACUCCAUAUUAUGCUUUACACUGAUUAUGGCCCUUGAUUGACUAUGGAACUAAGGUUAAAGUUUUAGGGCAGGUUGGGAUAUUUAUUAAUAACUUCUAUACCCUUUGCUCAAUUGACUUAAUACUUCACACAGUUGUUCAGGACCACCACACAAUGAGGUUACAUAACUCCAUAUUAUCCUUGUUGGGAUUUUAAUAAAAAAAACUUCUAUACCGUUCAUUCAAUGCACUAAAUAAAAUUCAAAAUUAUUUACGACCAUCUUACAACAAGAAACAUAACUCAAUUUUAACCCUAAAUACAAAUUAUGGCCCUUGAUUUUUUUGAUUUUUUUUAAUUUCCUUUGAAAGGCAUAUUUGUAUUUGUAAUAUAAUUCUUAAUCACACUACAAUUAUGGGAAAUCAAGUUAUUUGAAUGACUUGCGCCAUUGUUCUGGCGGGCUGCUGGAAGGGUUAGCAUCAAAGUCACCUUAUGUAUUGAAUAAUUUUAGUUAGGUUUGACAUACAUAAAGAGACCAAACUUGGUAAUAUGACAUCGUUAUUGUAUUCACUUCUAAGUCAAAGCGGCGUAGUCGAGCGCGCUGACUUACGACAGCUCUUGUUCCAUUAAUCAAUUACUAAAUGAUUUCUGCAUUAUUUGCAAAUAUUUGAAUAAUUAUGAUUAUUUAAGAAUGACGGUCUGUAAAUUUGCUACUGAUGGUGUGUCCUCAUUCUUGUGAUCAUAAGUUUUUGCAUGUUUAUACAUUUUUAUUGUCUAUUUUCAAUAUGUACAUUAAUCAUUAUAUGCAAAGAAGAUUGAAUUGAUACAGUUUGUCACGUAAGAUGAUUGUGUGCUAUAAAUAACUUAUGUAACCAUGUUUUUAUUUUAGUUGUUGAUAUAUAUUCAGAAUUUCAUUCCAGUGACAAGCAUUACUUCAUGUAUUGAUAUAAUAUAUUUCUUACUUACAAUUGAUUUUAAUAGCUGUUAAUUCAUUUUAAACUAAUCAUUUGAUUUUUAAACUAAUCAUUUGAUUUUAAAAUAUUCAACUAAACUUUUCUAACUAGUGUAAUACUUAUUUGUUAUUGUUUGUUUAUGUAGUCAUAAAGUUUAAUAGACAAUA